AUGGACUUGAUCGAUACCAAUCCCGGAAAAAUCCGAUAUUCUGACCAAUAUUCUAUGCCCAUCAUCGAACCCGGAUCCAUACAGGAAGUGAAGAUGAACAUGCAGCUCGCGCAGCGGCAACUACAAUCCGUGCAAGAGCUAGCUCGGAGGGCUAUAGCUGGCAUCGAGAACGCGUAUCGACCAGGGACAAGUGCAGCGCAGACGACGGCAGAUCUCGCGAGCCUGAAGGACACGCUUCGCGUGCUCCUCGACUUUCUCAAGCAAACCGGCGUUGGCGAUCUACCCCUGCUGCCCGCCAACGUCCAGCCUCCCCAGGAACAGCAGAUGCAGGAACUCGAGGCGGCGACAAAGAAGCUGUUUGAGCGGCAGAAGCGAUUGCAGGAUAGCGCGGCUGUCGUAGUCAACAUCAUGAACUCUCAGGUUCAGGGCGCAAGUCAAGGCGGAGAACCGUCGCAUUCGCAACACAGUCAGCGACGAUGA